UCCGCCUCUGCCUCGGAAAAAGGAAGUGAGGUAUCUGUGUGUGUUUUUUUUCCUUCUCUCCUCUACCCGUCUGUCCUCCAUGAUACUUUGGAAGGGAACUUCAAGCGAACUAUCCUAAAACUUGAACUCAACAACUUUCCUUCAACUCUGUCAAACUUGGCUGUCGCCACGUACUCGACGACGACGCGCACUCGAGCGGCCGCGGUGGGUACGCGCACGUCGAACAGCGCGAGGCGAGCGCGGACAGAGAUGUAGUGUGUGUGGCCCAUCAUGCACCUCUUCCUGCUGCUCAUCCUUCACGCCGCAGCAGCCGUCGCACAAGUCGACCCAGGUACGAAAGCGGCACACUGUCGCUAUGCCCUGGGCAUGGAGGAUGGGCGGAUCAAGGACGAUGACAUCACAGCCUCCAGCCAAUGGCACGAGACCACAGGACCGCAGUACGCCAGGUUGAACCGUGAAGACGGCGACGGUGCCUGGUGCCCCGAAGGCCAACUGGAUGCUUCGGAUUUGCAGUUCCUUCAGGUGGACUUGCGUCGUCUGACCUUCCUGACGGUGGUGGCCAGUCAGGGACGCUACGCACGCAACGGCAUCGAGUUUGCACGAGCAUACAGCCUCAACUACAGUCGGGACGGAGUCAUAUGGAAGUCGUGGAAGAACCGUCUGGGAAGCACGGUAAUGGAAGGCAACAAGAACGCGUACGCGCCCGUCAUCAACGACCUUCACCCUCCGGUGGUGACGCGCUGGGUGCGCUUGAUUCCCCGCACCGAGCUGUCCACCGUUUGCAUGCGGGUGGAGCUGUACGGUUGCCACUGGGAAGACGGUCUGAUUUCGUACAGUGCUCCCGAGGGGCAGCUGAUGCCGCAACCGGGCCUUCCCACCGCCAUCCUCAACGACUCCACCUACGACGGCGCCCACCAAAAGAGGAAGUUGUCCGGCGGUCUGGGCCAGCUGACGGACGGCGUGGUCGGUCUGGAUGACUUCCUGCUGACGCGUCAGUACCCUGCGUGGCCGGGCUACGACUACUUGGGCUGGAGGAACAUCUCCAUGGGAGCGGACCAGAGCGUGGAGAUGGAUUUUGUCUUCGAUCGACAAAGGAACUUCACCUCAAUGAAGGUCCACAGUAACAACAUGUUUUCCCGGGGCGUGAAGAUCUUCUCGUCUGUGUCGUGCUGGUUCAAGCCUCGUCCCUCGUCCGCGUGGGAGGCGGAGCCCGUGGUGUUCCAUACGGUUCUGGACGACCGGAACCCGAGCGCUCGCUACGUGACCGUGCCGCUGGAGCGCCGGGCCGCCUCGGCGCUGCGCUGCCGCUUCGCCUUCGCCGACACCUGGAUGAUGUUCAGCGAGGUUUCCUUCCAGUCAGAAGACGCAUCCAUGUCGGUGACUCCGCCGCCCGUCGGCGAUUCCAGCACGGUCCCGUCCAUAUCAGGCGCCGAGCCGUCUGCCAGCGCGGUGCCCGACGACAGCAAGGCGCCCAUCCUGAUUGGCUGCCUGGUGACCAUCAUCUUGCUGCUGGUCAUCAUCAUUUUCCUCAUCCUGUGGUGUCAGUACGUGUGUAAAGUUCUGGAGAAGGGUCCCCGCAGGAUCCUGGGCGAGGAGGUGACGGUGCGGCUGUCGUCCUGCAGCGACACCAUCGUCCUGCAGACCCCGCCUGUGCCCCCCCGCUCCGGCCUGGCCCAGUCGGACCCUCACUACGAGCGAGUCUUCCUGUUGGAUCCGCAGUACCAGAACCCUGAGACGCUCCGGAACAAACUGCCUGAACUCUCGCAGAGCGCCGAAGCCUCAGCGUGCGGCGGCGGCUACGCCGAGCCCGACGUGACGCAGUGCACGCCGCACCAGUGUUUCCAUAGCAACGCGCCCCACUACGCCGAGACGGACAUCGUGCGUCUGCAAGGGGUGACGGGCAGCAACAUGUACGCCGUGCCCGCCCUCACCGUCGACUCGCUGACGCGCAAGGACAUCUCCGCCUCGGAGUUCCCGCGGCAGCGGCUGCUCUUCCGCGAGAAGCUCGGCGAGGGACAGUUCGGCGAGGUGCACCUGUGCGAGGCCCAGGGAUUGGCCGCCUUCCUCGGCGAAGACGAGGAGGAGGACGAGGACGAGGAAGAAAGGGACGCGGCCGGGCGGGACCGCGACGGGCGGGCCGCGUUGGUGGCGGUCAAGCAACUGAGGGCGGAUGCCACUAGCCAGGCCAGGAACGACUUCCUGAAGGAGAUCAAGAUCAUGUCGCGGCUGAACGACGGCAACAUCAUCCGGCUGCUGUGCGUGUGCGUGACGUCCGACCCGCUCUGCAUGGUGACGGAGUACAUGGAGAACGGAGACCUGAACAUGUUCCUGUCGCAGCGCGAGAUGGAGAGCACGCUCACGCACGCCAACAACAUCCCCUCCGUCAGCCCGGCCGACCUGCUGCACAUGUCGGCGCAGAUCUCGUCGGGCAUGCGCUACUUGGCCUCGCUGAACUUUGUGCACCGCGACCUGGCCACCAGGAACUGCCUGCUGGACCGCCGCCUCACCAUCAAGAUCGCCGACUUCGGGAUGAGCCGCAACCUCUACAGCAGCGACUACUACCGCAUCCAAGGCCGCGCCGUGCUGCCCAUCCGCUGGAUGGCCUGGGAGAGCAUCCUGCUGGGCAAGUUCACGACCUCCAGCGACGUGUGGGCGUUCGGGGUGACCUUGUGGGAGAUCUUCACGCUGUGCAAAGAGCAACCUUACAGCCUGCUGACGGACCAACAGGUCAUAGCCAACACUGGAGAGUUCUUCAGGAACCAGGGCAGACAGGUGUUCCUGUAUGCUCCUCCUCUCUGCCCUCCCUCCCUCUUUGAGCUGAUGAUGCGUUGCUGGAGGCGCGACAUCCCGGACAGACCCUCUUUCGAGGGGCUCUACCAGGCCCUCAGGCCCCACGUCAGGCAGUGACCGGCACUGGGACCGGGAGGACCUCCCUGAAGGCGAGAGGACACGAAUGCAAUCAAACAGUCUGGGGAGAACACAUUUCACAUUUUUUCCUUUAUUCAAAACUCUUUUUCAUCACUUUUUAUUAUUCUUUUUUUUUUUACCUUUUUGGCCUUUUUUUUGUGUGCCUUUUUGGCCUUCACAAACCACCUUCUCAUCCCUGUGGUCCUUCUUCAUUUAAAGAAAGCACUGUGUGUGUGCGCGUGCGUGUGCGUGUGUGUGUGCGUGUGUGUGUGUGUGUGUGUGUGUGUGUGUGUGUGUGUGU